GAAACUCGCACUGACGUAAAGAAGCCAGAGCAGGCAGAUCCCCGGGUUAAUUAAGAGCUUUAAAACCGUAAUUUUACACAAAGUCCACGCCUUUUUUUCGUUUUUUCUUCUUGUCUCCUGGAAACAUCCUCGUUUGGUGACUGGAGCACUAACAGCAAAACACAGGCAUGGCUGAUCUGCUGAGGCUGCUGCUUAAGGUGGCUGAGAAGGCUGCUAAUGUGGCUCGGGUCUGCAGGCAGGAGGCUCCCCUCUUCCAGCUCCUUGUGCAAGAAAAGACUGGAGAUGACAAGAACAAGAAGUUCGUCCAAGACUUCAAGACGCUCGCCGAUGUGGUGAUUCAGGAGAUGAUCCGGCAUGAUGUUGGCGCUCAGUUCCCUGACAUGGCUGAAUUCAUUCAUGGCGAGGAGUCUAACAAGUUUGAAAACGGGCUUGGAGAGAGUGUGAUAGUCACGGUUUGCAGCACAGAGGAGGAGACGGCGGCGUUGCUGGCCACCGUGCUUGACGGUGACCACACAGCAGCUUCUCUGCUGGCUAAAGCCAUCCACCAAGACCCGGCGACCGUCGAGGCAAACACUGAUGGUCUGACUGUUUCCCUCAGCCCCUCUGAGCUCGGCAUCUGGAUCGAUCCCAUAGAUGCUACCAGCCAGUACAUACAGGGCCGAGAGGAGGAGCUGGAGGAAGGCCGCUUAUCUCCAUCAGGUCUGCACUGUGCGUUGGUUCUCAUCGGCGUUUACCUCCGGAGCACGGGCGAGCCCAUCAUGGGCGUCAUCAAUCAGCCAUUUCACCACAAAGAUCCAGCAGGCGGGGGGUGGAAGGGAAGGCAUUUCUGGGGCGUGUCCUGGGACGGCAUCAACGUCUGCUCUGUGUCCCAGCCGAAAGACGGAGAGGAUCGAGGGCUGUCUGUGGUGCUGAGUUCCAGUGAGAAGCAGGUGGUAAAAGAUGCGCUAGCCUUGCUCUGCAGCUCUGACAAGCUGAUGUACGCCUCUGGAGCCGGCUACAAGAUCCUGUGUGUCAUUGAGGGCCUGGCUGAUGUUUACAUCCUCUCAGAGGGAAGCACCUUUAAGUGGGACUCCUGCGCUCCUCACGCCCUGCUCCGAGCACUCGGUGGGGGGGUGGUGGACUUGACUAAGCGUCUACAGAUGACCAGUGAAGGACAGGAUCACACAGCAGAACUGACCUAUCAUGAGCCUGACACUGAGUGCAAAGGAGCUGACCGCUGGGCUAACCGUGGCGGCCUGGUGGCUUAUCGAGACUGUUCUAAGCUCAACACUGUCAUCGCAGCUCUGAAGGGCAAGCUGUAG